CUUUGUAUUUAUCAAGAUUUCCGCAGGUAGAUUUCGAAUGGGCAGUGAAACUAAACCGUUUUACUUUAAACUUGAUUGGACUUUGGCCUAAGGUCGCACGAAAUCCUCGGCAGAAAUUAAUGUGCAAUUUUCGAGUGCUGGUAACUUUGUUGGGAAUAAUCAGCCUUCUUAUUCCCUCUAUACAUUCCUUGAUAAAAAUUUUCGGAAACAGUUUGCUAAUGUUAGAUAAUUUACAACUUACUUUACCACCUAUAAGCUGCACGAUUAGAAUCAUGAUUUUUUGGUGGAAAAAAGAAGCUGUUAUACCGAUUAUGAAUAUGAUCGCGAAGGAUUGGAUAAAGUUAAAAAGUGAUCAAGAAAGAAGCUUGAUGAUUCGAAGAGCACAGACUGGACGUAUAAUUAUUAUUUGCUCCUACUGUGUAAUGGGUUUAGCAUGCUUCUUUGUCACAGUACUGCCUGCUUUUGGAAUAUCGAUGAGACUCACUCCCAACAUUACUGAUCCAGGAAGGCCACUGCCUGUACAAACUCAUUACAUUUACGAUAUAACAAAAAGGCCACAGUACGAAUUGACAUUUAUUAAUCAAGCCAUCAGUGUAGCUAUCGCCAUGACGGCCUAUACUGCAAUAGACAAUUUUCUUAGUCUUCUGGUUUUUCAUAUAUGCGGUCAGUUAGACAUUCUCAAGAAAUACUUGCAAUAUUUGGAUAAAAACAUAAAUUAUCACGAAGUUCUGAAAUGCUGCAUAGUAAAGCAUAUCCGUUUGCUUAGAGCUAUUGAUGUUAUUGAAGAUACAUAUAGCACAAUACUUCUCUGCUUAUUUGCAUAUUUUACGGUAACUUUUGCUUUCUAUGGAUUUCGGAUGAUUAGCCUAUUCGACGAAGGAAACGAUAUGUCCUUCGCUCACAUGGUAUAUUUUGUUUCUGUCGUUUUUAACAUAUUUGCAAAUAUGUGUUUAUAUUGCGCUCUCGGUGAAAUUUUGAUGUCCCAAGUUAGUUGUAUAUAUAUUUUCUUUAUGUGCAAAUUAAAUGUUAUAUGUAAAAGGGCUUUUGGUAUUUUCAAGUGCAAUGAAAUAUAUCAUGCGGCAUUUAAUAAUAGAUGGUACACCCUAAAUCCAAAAAUUGCAGAAGAUUUGUUGUUCUUAAUGAUAAGAGGUUCUAAACCAAUCUAUCUGACUAUUGGAAAAAUUUCUCCUGUUACAAUGGCCACUUUUUGUAGUUUUGUAAAAACGUCCGUUGGUUAUAUAUCCGUUUUGCAUUCAACAAAAAAUUGAUUUAAAAAAUGGGAAAAAUGUGAAGUUUCCUUUCUAAAAUAUUA